AUGUUGAAAAGAACCAAACAGCAACAACAAGACGAAGACGAACAUUCAAAUAACUCUUCCACAAAGAAAAUUAAAGGAACAGAGGAUGAUCAUUCUACAUUCAACCAACACGGCAUGUACUUGUCAUGGUUAGAUCCUCUCAUUACUCACCAUAUUCUUUCCUUUCUCGAGAAUGACCCGAUGACGCAAUUUAAUUUUUGCAUCAUCAACCAACAUGUUUUUCACAUGACCUUCCAUGAUGAUCAACUCUUACAUUGCGUCUCGUUUUUGAAAUUUGCUAAACAAUAUUUUCAAGAUCAGGAUGCACAAUUUGCAAGCAACUUCUUGUAUCGGCUGGAAGGAGCCAUGAGAAAUUUUGAAAUCUGUCACUUGCCAAUCAACAAAAAGAUGGGUCUUGUCUUUGGAAAUGCUGACGAUGCUUGGUCCUAUGCCGAGUAUGAUUUUGAGAGUGACCUCGAGAGCUUGACUGAGGAACAGCGAAGAUUUUUCAAACAAGGUCACAUUGAGCUUGUGAAUUUUCACGUUGCUCGUGGACAUUCUGUAUUUUAUGUCAGUGCUGAUUUCAAAUUGAAAAAGAAAAACACAGCAAAUGACUAUUUCCAAAUUUCUCUAUCGGGAUUUGAGAUGAUGGGUGGUAGAACGUAUGAAAACACUCAUGUAUUUCGUUUGGAUUUGGAAAAUGGUGAAAUGUUGGUGCGAAGGGCGUUUAACACGAGCGAAGAUGAACUAAAUGGAAUUAUUUGUGAUUGGAAAAACAUUCAUCGAGUCAUGGAAGAAUGUGAAAUUGGAACUUCUUUGAAUAAUAACUUUAAGGAACUUUUUGAUUUGAUGGUCACAGCAUGUGGAGCUUCCAAUCCAAAACAUGCUCAGUUUUCAUGGCUACUGGAUGAAGACAAGGCUCGAUCCAUCUCGGAAGAUGAAGAUCCAUGUGAAAUGGAUGAAAUGGUUUGUAGCUGGCACUGUAACUAUUUGGAAGAUGAACCAUGCAAGGCCAAUGAAUUGUUAGAAAAAUUCUUUAAGCAACAUUCCAUGUUCCCAAUGGAAAACAAGAUCAAUCAAAACUCUCUUCCAUUACAUUUAUUACUUGCUCUACACAAAAGAGUUUUGCGUAUGUGUUGUGUGAAUUGUGACGACAGGGAUGGCCGUAACGAGGAUGAUGAACAGCCACAAGAACUUGCAUUCAAACAACAAGUGAUGGAUCGAAUUAUUCGAGCUUCAGAACUUGGUGUUCAAGAUUUUAUCAUGAACGAAUAUUCGAAUUUCUCAACAGACCGUAUUUCUUGCACGUUUUCAAAGAAAAACACCACAGGAAGCUUUUCUCUCUAUUACAAUGGGAAAUUGGCUCCCAAUUAUGCAGACUCGACUUAUAAACAUGUUUCCAUUUACAUGGUCGAUCAUGACGAUACAAUGUCGAAUCCAUUACCAAUUGGUUACUCGAAUUAUCCAUCGGAGGACGAGGACAAGGAAGAAGCAUCUGCUCAUUGGAAACUUUUUCCAGCAACUAUUGAGAAAGUCAAAACAUGGCUAGGUCUUUCAGAUCAUGAAUUCAAUUCCAAAUCUAAUUUUCAUGUGAUAUCACUAGUUUCAUGCAUGAUGGAUCAUGCCAAACAAAGUAAGAAGAACAAUGUACUCGUUGAAAUGUAUGACUUUUACAUUGGUAGUCUUGAAGUGGUUGUUACAACACCGUGGCAUGGCUCUUCGAACAUUGACUCUAUUCUGGAACAACAACUGGAACACGAUGAAAAGGACGACUUCGAGCUCCAAGUUUGUUAG